GAUCACAUGAUCCUGGGACUACUAAUAAGGUCGUAAGUGUGAAAAACCGUCAUAAAUCACUUUUUUCAGGGCUGUAACUUUCAACGGUCACUAAAUGAUCUGUUGUAAAUUGAAGACUACCUGCAAUAUGUGUACUUGAUCCUGCUUCCAAUAGUUUUCCUCUACCUUCCAUUGAAAUUUCUCUAAUCACUUCACAACUCUGAAGUCUAUGCUUCAGAAAGACAGUCAUGACGUUAACUACGUUUGUUCCUGUUUGGGGCAUCAUAUCAAAGUUAGAUAUAUUUAUAAACUCAAAGAGGAUACAAGGACAGCAUUUAAAAUAUGAAAAUAAAUUGGAAUCCUCCCAUUGGAGGAAGAAAAAAAAAACUGUGUGAAACAAUAGAUGUUUCGGAAGUAAACCUGCAAACAUGAAAAAAAAUAAAAAUUUGUUCUGUUUCCGUGAAGCAUGUGGUUUAAUAUUUCACUAUAACUGAAGUACAAGUUGUGAAGCUGGGUACUUUGAACCUGGGCUUUAUUUUUUGUUUUUGUUUCUAGUUUAUAAUAUUUGGAAAUUGAAAAAAGAAUAUAUUUGCUACUAGCAAGCUCAUUCCUGAAGAAAGAAGAAACGUCGCCAUUUAUUAGGGCAGCGAAUGCUUCAAAAUUUAUUUAGAAGAGAUUUAAGAACAGAGUCUCUCUCCUGGUCAUUAAAAAUCUCUAACUUUUUUCUCUUCGAGCCUGAAGUCACAUUACCAGUAAUGGUUGUCCUCAACGUAAGACUGAAAUUGAGCCCUGAAUUACAGUGGUAAGUUGCUGCAGUCACAAGUCGAGGCAUCAUGUGACUGGACCCAAAUUUUCAACAUUUUUAGAGUAGUUGUUAAGCAAAUGCUGUAGUCGUUAAGCGAAUGCUGAAGUCAUUAAGUGUUCGCUGGGGCGCUGCAAACAGUUCUAAAGGUAAUCAGUUGCCAAGAAUCCAAAAUGGGAUCAUGUGAUCAUGGAGGUGGGGAUAUGCGGACACCAUAAUGAUUAAAAUAAGUCAUAAGUAGUUCUGGGUCAGUUCUUCAUAAUUUCAAAUGGUCAUUAGGCAAGCAGUCAUAAAUCGAGGACUACCUAUAACGAUUAAAUAAUAGUAUUUUAUUAGGGAAAACCCUCAGAGCUGUUAGAUCUGUAAGGGGAGAGGAGGGGCUGCCCUGGGCCUUCCUGAGCCAGGGCAUGGGAGGAGGUGAUGCACGUCUGGCCAGCCUUAUUGGAGCCAUGUCCCAGUCAAGCGGGGCAUCCACUGGCACACGUCCAGCUUGGGAGGAGCUGAAAGGGGAGCGCGAGCCCUGCACAUGAUCAGAGCCUCCGCAGCCCCGAGGGGAGAGUGCACUAUGUCCCCUCCCCUCCCUGGAGACCCUGUGUGAGGAGCCCUUCCUUGGGCAGGGGGUUGGUCUAAAAGCCACACCCUAGGAUUGUAUGAUUCCUUCUGUGCUUUGUGCCACAAUGAUGGUGCUUCUCUGUUGUUCCUGUUCCCACAUGAAAGGAAGAGGCCAAAGGCCACCAAAGGAGUCAGCCACCGGGCCGCCCAGACACUGCUAAACCCAGGUGAGCUGCCCUCCUUGGGUAGGUUUAGAAUGUGGCCCUUGUUUACCUAGUUGCCGAGGCAACGAGGUUGUCAGUUUCCCUGAAAAGCCACCAACCAGGGCCCAACUGCCCAUUCUCCCUUCGUGCAGUGAAAGGACAAACAGCUGCUUGGGGUCAUGGCUGUACGGAGGUUUUUUAGAAACAUCUGGAAAAGAUGUUCGGCGCUUUUCUGCUGCAGGAAGAGCGACGUAGAGGACCUUCCUGUGCCUCCUGACAGAACUGACGAGGCACAUGAACAGGCGGACCAGAAGGGAGAAUGGUGGACACAGAUUCGUGUGUCCGAUGGACGCAGGCCUUCCUCCCAAGGGGGUUUGAUGGGUGUUCGUGCCACCGCCCGGAGCCCCAGGAAGGAAGAGGUGAUGCCAGUUCUCAUUUCAGUGAGAAAUGAGAAGAUAGCGAAGUGGAGGCCGCGGCUCUCAACCAUCUGGGAGACCUGCACUGAGUCGGAUCCUUCGGAAGAAUACCGACCAAGAGAGGUGCAGGAGGAAAGCAGUGCCUGCCUAUCAAGAGAGGAAAAGGAAGAGCACUGGAGGCCGCGACUCCCCCCCAGAUCAGAGACCUGCAGAGAAUCGGACGAAGAAGACCAGCCGGCGGAGGAGCAGCUCUCUCCUACUGGGGAGAAGACGCAUACUUCGGAGGAUUCGAUGGAAGUCCUGGUGGGCUCCCGGAACAACAGCCUGGAGGAUUUUGACUCCAUUUCUGCCCUCUUGGAUGAGGAGUCUGAGGGAAGCUGGGAGCAGGCUGCAGAGGCUUCGGAGGCCAGCCUUUCGUCCAGUCCGUGGGAUUCUCCCGAAGAAGGGGAAGCCUCGCUGGACAAUGUCAGCAGCCUGGAGGAGGACUCCCUGGACCUCAGUCUCUAAUUAAAAGAGACGCUUCCCCAGAUGCCUCUCCAGAAGGCAGAUCGGAGGAGGAUGAACCAGUCCCAGGCACAUCAGGAGGUGAGUUGGCCAAUGCCUCCGAACAGCCAGCGGAGAGUGAUUUGGCUGAAGCACAGCUGCAGCAGGAGAGCCCUGAAACUUCCGGGCAGCUGCAGAUGGUUAGCUUUGAGCAGGAACUGCUUUCUGCAUUAUCCGAGAACAACUAGGGAAGAGAAAAGGCAGGAGCAGCAAAGGGCGGUUCUUUCACUCACGAGGAGGUAGUCUUGCCUUUCUUGAUGGGCUGCACCAGAAGCUGGCAAUUGAGCACAGCAGACAAAUGGAGGCCAUGCUGGGAACAAUGCAUUCAUGACUAGGGGGUUGGAGUAGAAGACCUCCAAGGUCCCUUCCAACUCUUGGUAUUCUAUCUGCAUAUAGACGGAUGGCGGAAUCAGCCCCAGCGGCGAAGCCCUGCGAGGAGCCACUUUCCAACGAGGAAGUUCCUGCGUCUUGUUAAUGUUAUUGUUGUAAUUCUUUUUGUUGUACCUGUUGUUGUUGUGCAUCUUCUUGUUUUUGUUCUUGUUGUUUGAGAAUAAAACUAAAAAAUUCUUUAUAUCUGCUAAUUUAGUUUAAACCUAGUUUCAUUACACUUUUGUUAGGAAUAACAAACUUUUCAUUAAAUGCAGAAUUUCAGCAAACUUCUUUGUCUGUUUUCUCGUAUUUUUUCCACCGUUCUAUGGGAUACAGUGAUUAGUAUUCACUUACAAUAUUAAUGGAAACCUGACACUUCCAGAGGUUCCUCAGCUACGCGCAAGUAGUCCUCAACUUACCACAAUU